AUGGUGGAGCCAUUGGUUUUCUUCAGGAUGCGGAAGUACGAUGGUACGAGGAUGAAGCUUACAUGUAAUGUGGAGCACGAUUACGGCGACGAUGUCAUCACAGAGCGGACCACAGGCACGCUCGAGAUCUUCGUCACCAAGGCUGGCUUCGGCAUCGUGGUGAGGAAGCGAGCGCGGCAGACAGAGGAGUACUUACACAUGUCAGGCCAGAUACCGACCCAUUUAUGCGUGCUGCAGGGCUCGAAGGCCGAGGUCAUCAACGCGGCGUUGCACGUGCAAUUGGACAGCUCGUACGACUCUAUCGUUGAAGGUCGGUUUCCCCGCCGGGUUGAUAUCAUUGGGUGCGAUGCUGCCAGUGGGAACUUGAGGAACGAGCGGGCCAUGUGCACACAGGUCCCAUUGAGGUCACAGUUGCUCAUGUUGUGCAGGGCCCACAUGAAAAAGAAAGUCGCCGAGCAGGGUUUUAUCACCAUCAAGCCUUUCGAUACACACCUCGUUCGUUGCCAGAUGUCUCUCUCGGGCGACCACGUGAUUACUUUGAGACACGAGGCCAGGAGAAUCCAUGAGGAGCAGGUCGUUGUGAAACGAGGUAUGUGCCCACCUGAUGCCACAGAGCACCGUGAACGCAUCUGGGAUUUGUAUUUCAAUGACUUGACCGACACCUCGCUGAUGUACCGUAAAGCCAUCUGCACCAGACUGUACAAUGUUCACGGCAUCUUCCAGGUAUCGUACUUGCGGGCCCUGCCAGCGCCCAAGCAGCGGCGCGCCACCGCGCCGCCGCCUGCUGGCGGCGAGGCUCGCGGAGGAGACGAUGAUGAGCCACCAGAUUUGCAGCGCGGCGGCGAGGGCGAAGCUGGUCCCCGACGCUGUCCCGACGCCGACGGGCCAGAUGAUGCGCAGGCAGACAUGGACGACGUCAAUGCGUUCAGGGAGGAGCAAGACGCUCGGGUCUUGGGCACCCGCGCGUGGAUGCUCAGCGGGCGAGUUUCAGACAACUUCUUCGUUGCCUCAGUGAUGGCGUCGAGGACUGACAGCUACGUUACGGAACAGUUGUACAUGAGUGGAUCGGCAUUCGAACAUCAGCAGCAGCAUAAGGUAUCCCGUGGAGAGCCUAGGACGUACCAGGCCUGGUUGGCGCACGAGGACAAGGACACCGUUGACAUCCUCACGAGCUCCUACAAUGCUAUAUUCGAUGCCUCAUCGUGGCACCCGCUGCAGCAUCGCACGGAGAUGGCGGCGCUGGAUCUAUACCGAUUGCAUUCUCGUCUUGGUGCCGUGGCGUACCACCUGGUGUACAGGACCAAUCGUAACUGGCCCAUGCCAUUGCUGUAUGCCCUGAAGGACCCCGACAUGUUUAAGAAGCUGGAGGGUACCAAGUCGUGUCUACUGGAUCCGUACUCUGAGGAUUUCGCAAAGUUCUACGCUGGGCGCUUGGACUCACACACGGCAACGGCCGAGCUAAAGGGUGCCGUCGUGAUGGCCGAGAUGGACACUGCCGACGUCGAGCGCGUGCACUCUGUCAACCAGAGGGGCGCGCGCUUCAGGGUGUGGACCCAUGUGGAUCGGGACCCGCUGCGAGGGAGCAACAGCCUCAAGAUGUGGACUUGGCGGGCGUAUGUUCACAUGCAUGGUGGCUUUCUCACGCAGGAGUCUGCGGCAGAGCUGUCGGAGCAGUACAAGCAGCUGGGCGACGCUGAGCGGGAACAGUACCAAUUGUUGAAGAAGUCACGAUGGGCGGAUGAACCUUCCCCGAUCUUGGAUGCAGGCGCGGCUGCCUGGGCCAGCGCCCUCCGCCAGCGGCGCAGCGGCUCCGCGCAGGAGACCAGACUUGCUGGGCUGGUACGUGAUGCGGCUCUUGCUCGGAAGCGGGCUCACCAGGAGCGCGACGAUGGCAUGUUCGCGAUCGUCGACAGGGCCGCUGCCGCCACGGGCGAUAUCGAUGUCCAGGUCGACGCUGGCACGGUCCUGAGGUACCGCAGGCGCCCGUCAUGCGUGGCGUCGGACGCCAGCCGCGGCGUGGAAGGCGAGGCCUGCCAUUCGACUGCGGCGCGGGUCUCCGAGUGGACGGCCAUGCACCGAACGCUUACGAUGGCAAAUGUUCCAGCUCUUGGCAAGGUCCCCACUUGCCGCCGACGCUGCCACGAGGUCGAGACUUGUAUCCACGAAGGCGACGGCAAGAUGCUGGCGAGGCUUGAGGCGCAUCUCUGGUCCGCGGGCGGCUCGGUGCUGCGGUUCGCCGUCAUGGCUGCUCCUCCGCACGCCGAGGCAGAGGUUGGUGGCGACGCGUCUUCUGCCAUUGGGCCCCUCGGCGAUGGUGAGGGCGGAGCUGUGUACCGUUUUUUCCACGUCGCAUGUCAUUUCCAGAAGCCGUUCUCGCCUACUGUGGUUGAGUUGGAGAGGGACCCGUCCAGGGAUCAUGCCGACGUCUUAGGCGUAUCGCCGAUCAAAGUUGAUGACUCGACGAAGUUCUGGAGAUCCAUGUUGGAGAUGAUCAGGUCGUUCGAGGUGGGCUCGCGCAUGACCAUCAGCUUCUGGAAGUACGUCGGUCGAGACAGGCACGUCGCCAUCGUGGAGCCCUGGAAGCUGUUCAUCACGAGCGUGACGGAUGAGCCCGCGAGGUCACCGACCAGCUCUGCGAGCGGCGCUGGCAGCAGCUCCAGCGCUGGCGCUGACAGCGGCAGCAGCUCAGACUCCGACGACGACGAGAGCGACAAGCACUCCGAGGGCAUGGCCGACUCUGGGGCCAGCGGCGCGUCCUCCUCCGAGCACGGCCCGAGCGAGGGCGACGUCACGGGGUCCGAGGGCCACGGCAGCGGCUCGGACGAGGGGGGAGGCGAUGAUGGCAGCGACGAGGGCGGUGAUAUCCACUGCCCUGGCGGGGAGGGCGGCGACGGCGGCUUCGAGGGCGCAGUUCCUCCCGAGCUCGUGGUGCCGUACCGCAAUGGCAUCAUCAGGUACUACGCAACCACAGACGUCAUGGUUGCUCAGUGCCUGGUGGCGUCCCACCAGUGCGGCCCUGGGUGCUUCCUCACUCGGAGGUGCACCCCGCUGGGGUCCAACAAGGCGAAGGGCAGGAUGCUCGGCCUGUUCGCCGCCUGGCUGGAGUUGACUGCCGAGGAGGCGCGCUUGAUCGAGCGGUGGGAGCACGUCCACGAGUUCAAACCUGGACACCGUGAUCGCGUCCUCGCGCGGCGCCGCGCCCUGGCCAGCAACCCGCUGAUGGAGGCGCUCGCCGAGAAGGAGCGGGGCCCGAAUGAGGGGGAUGAGGAUGGGGAGCCACACGGCGACCCAUAG